GUAAAAACAAAACUAAAAGCAAGUCAUCGCAAAAGUCAUCGGCAUUUUCAAGAGAAAGAUUUUAUUUUGUAAAUUAGUCAAAAGGGAAUUAGCUGCGGUGUUUAUUACCUAGUUAAUAUGUCAGCAAAUAAAGAUGAAACAUUGCGGCAGUUUUGUGAUGUGACUGGCGCCGAUGAAACUCGAAGUAGAUUCUUUUUAGAGUCGUCGAAUUGGCAACUGGAAAUAGCAUUAUCAAGCUUCUAUGAGCAUGGUGGUAAUGUAGACGAAGUUCCUACAAAUCCUGUAGCCAGGGCUUCGCCCCCGUCGCUCUCCGACAGUGAUAUGGAGUCUCCGCCGGAGUCGCCGGCGCGCCCUCAGAAGAAAGACAAAAAGAAGCCUAGCUCUAAAUUUGCUACGUUAGAUUCAAUACAACAGGAUAGUUCAAGCCAGGAUGAUGAGGGACAAGCCUUCUACGCUGGUGGUUCGGAGAGAUCAGGGCAGCAAAUACUGGGACCAGGAAAGGGCAGAAAAGAUUUUGUCACUGAAAUGUUCAAAAGUGUGAGAGAAAGAGGUGCGGUCGCGUUCGAGGACGAGGCAUCGCCGUCUGCCAGCCGCGGCCGCGGCGGCGGCGGCGGCGGAGCUUUCUCCGGCGUGGGGUACCGGCUUGGUCAGACAGCAGAUGACCACGAACAAGUUUUAUCGUCAAACAUCCCCGGGACUAUGGGACAGGAGCAAGUGCGAUCGGUGCGCCUUCGGCUGUACCGCGAGGGUUUCACAGUGGACAACGGCCCGCUGCGUCACUAUACCGACCCUGAGAAUGCGGAGUUCCUAAACUGCAUUAGAAGAGGCGAGAUGCCGACGGAGCUGGCGGGCGAGGGCGGCGGCGUGCGCGUGAGCCUGGAGGACCGCUGGCACGAGGAGUAUGCCAGGGCGCCGCCCAAGACGCGCGCCUUCGCUGGAAAGGGACAGAUGCUGGGCAGCCCUACUCCCACAACGGUAGGGGCGACAGCGCCGGUAGCCGCCGACCCCAAUGACCGCGCCGCCAACCAGCGCGCCGCGCAGGAAGCCAUCAACCUAGACGAGGCGCAGCCCACCACCACCAUACAGUUCCGCCUAGCCGACGGCAGCCGUCUGACCGGUCGCUUCAACCACACGCACACCGUGUCCGACCUGGUAGGCUACGUGGCGCGCGCCGAGCCCGCCUACCAGCUGGCUCCCUUCGCGCUUCUCACCGCGUUCCCGUCGCGCGAGCUGGCCGAGCCUGCCGCCACGCUGGCCCAGGCCGGCCUGCUCAACUCCACGCUGCUGCAGCGGCUCAAGUAGACAAUAAACGCGAGAGAGAAA